AUUAUCAGUUUUCACAGUCGGGCUGGUAUGAAAGGAAAGCUUAUCAAAUAUGCAUAUCGCGACGUGUCAGGGUGAAUAAUAGAAAUCAAUGUGCGACGUCCGACGCUUCGGUGCGACAACCUUUCUCACCCCCGGGCCCAUCCGUCAGGUUCCUACAUGGUACACCCGGAGCGAGGAGAGACUACCGACACUCGACGUGGUGCAAGCCGACGCGUGGAAAUGGUGUUCGGCUCGAUCGUGCUCUUGGUGUACGUGCCUCUCUUUAUCCGGGUCCUGUCGGCGAGCGCUUCAACCGACGACGGACGGAUGUUACUACCGUGGGCGGAAAAAAACGCGACCCUGGUCCUAAACGUGACACGAAUCGGGGCGUACGAGGCGACCCUAACCUGGGCGGCGCCGCGAACCAGACUCAACCUGACAGACGUGACCUAUAGACUGUCAGUGGACUACAGACACUACAGACACGAGGCGUGGAAACACAUAAGGGAUCUGAGCUUCACUGAUAAAACUUCCUCCCACCUGCUGAAGGAUUUAGAAAGCCACUCGUGGUACCAGGUUUGCUUGUGGAUCCAUUUCGAAAACUAUGGAAACUUUGGAAACUUAACUGGUGACACAAGCGAUAGAAAGGUGUGUCGAGAGUUUGUGACAAAACAUGUUCUAACGAGAGAUGGGAUACUAGCGAUUUUCGUGGCUACCUUACUGGGUUGUAUGAUUCUAGCGAUGAUUGGAACAUGUGUUGUGGAUGUUUAUUUUUACACAAUCAAGGGGCACGACAGAGAGAAGGAUAUUGUGAUGGUGCGAGCAUCAAUGAUUCCGUACGUCCAGAAGAACAGAUGUCCGUGUCAGGAUAGAAACAAACUGCAGAGAAAACAGUCCAAGAAGCAAAAGAAACCGGCCCCCAGUGGGAUGUACGGGCUACGAGGAGGCACAAUCAAAAGAUAA